AUUCCAUUGAUCACUUUCAAACGCGAGAAAGAAGUUGCUCGAAGAUUGAUGUUCGAUGGCUGUUGGGUAACUGAAGAGGAGGACGAAGAACGCAGUUUGAUCGACACGGUCAUGUGGUAUUUGGAUAGAAUUGUGAUCAGCUCGAAAUCGUUCCCAAUGAAGUAUUGGGACAAAUUUGUGCGAAGAAAGACCCGCCAGAAGUUCCGAGAUCAAGUCGAUGAAGAAACGCUAAACGCUGUGCUUGGUGAAGAACGUUCGGCUGGUGACAGUUCAUUCGAUUAUAGGUACACAUGUUGGCUGUGGAUCGGUGUGAUCCUAACCAAUGGUCAGUUCUUGUACCGUGUCAACUAUUUGUUCUGUUCAGCGGCCGGUGUGUUCUGGUCACCGUUCUUUUAUGCAUUCCACCUGAUCGAUGUGGUACUAUCGUUCCCUAUGUUAAAAGCAAUUCUACAAUCAGUCACCCAUAAUCUACAACAGUUGAUUCUCACCAUUAUGAUGACAUUAGUGGUCGUCUAUUUGUAUACGGUGGUAGCNUUUAAUUUCUUCCGUAAAUUCUACGUACAAGAGGGUGAGGAGGGUGAAGAACCGGAUCGGAAGUGCCACAAUAUGCUCACGUUUUUCGAAUGGGGUCUGCUCAAACGUACUGAUGAUGACAGUAAGAGCGACACGUCAAUAUCUGAGACCGCAGCUCCGAACUUUGUCUCCACAUAUGUCUCAUUGGAUUCAUUGUUUCAGUGUUUCAUUUUCCAUUUCUACGCCGGUGUACGAGCUGGUGGAGGUAUUGGUGAUGAACUCGAAUCACCAUAUGGCGACGAUUUGGAGUAUCCUCGAAUGCUCUACGAUAUAUCAUUCUUCUUCUUCGUUAUCGUUAUUCUGCUGGCUAUCAUGCAAGGUACUAUCGCCUCUCGUCGUAUUCUUGUGUCUCCUGAUUGA